GACUACUGCUACAAUAAUAGAAGAAAGUGACAAGCAAGUACGGCUAUUCUCAACAAUUAUUUUUUGAAUGUAUUUCUAAUACAAUAGUACCCCAGAAGAUGAUAAAGAAAUGAUAGCAGCUCAAGAACCAACAACUAAUUUUGCUCUAAUUCAGGAAUCUGAAACACAUUUUUCUUCAGAUACUGACUUUGAAGAUAUAGAAGGAAAAAAUCAGAAACCAGGAAAAGGAAAGACCUGCAAAAAGGGGAAAAAGGCUGCAGGAGAGAAAGCAAAAGUUGGAAAUGGAGGAGGAAAAGCUGGGGGUCUAAAUCGAAUGAAUGGGCAUCAUCAGCAGAAUGGUGUGGAAAACAUGAUGUUGUUUGAAGUGGUUAAAAUGGGCAAGAGUGCUAUGCAGUCUGUGGUGGAUGAUUGGAUAGAGUCCUACAAACAUGAUAGAGAUAUAGCCCUCCUUGAUCUCAUCAACUUCUUUAUUCAGUGCUCAGGUUGCAAAGGGGUUGUAACAGCAGAAAUGUUUCGCCAUAUGCAAAAUUCGGAAAUAAUUCGAAAAAUGACUGAAGAAUUUGACGAGGACAGUGGGGAUUAUCCGCUCACCAUGGCUGGUCCUCAGUGGAAGAAAUUUAAAUCAAGUUUUUGUGAGUUCAUUGGAGUCUUGGUCCGGCAGUGUCAGUAUAGCAUCAUAUAUGACGAGUACAUGAUGGAUACGGUGAUUUCACUACUUACAGGACUAUCAGACUCUCAAGUCAGGGCAUUUCGACAUACUAGCACACUGGCAGCUAUGAAGCUAAUGACCGCAUUAGUGAACGUGGCAUUAAAUUUGAGCAUUAAUAUGGACAAUACACAACGACAGUACGAGACGGAACGAAAUAAAAUAAUUGGAAAACGAGCUAACGAUAGACUGGAACUCUUACUGCAGAAAAGGAAGGAGCUUCAAGAAAAUCAGGAUGAAAUAGAAAACAUGAUGAAUGCGAUUUUUAAGGGUGUAUUUGUUCAUAGGUACAGGGAUGCAAUUGCUGAGAUUAGAGCAAUAUGUAUUGAAGAAAUUGGAAUUUGGAUGAAGAUGUAUAGUGAUGCCUUUCUCAAUGACAGCUAUUUAAAAUAUGUGGGGUGGACAAUGCACGACAAGCAAGGGGAAGUGAGACUCAAAUGUCUUACAGCUUUGCAAGGGCUUUACUACAAUAAAGAGCUGAAUUCAAAAUUGGAACUCUUCACCAGCCGGUUCAAGGACAGAAUUGUGUCUAUGACUCUUGACAAAGAAUACGAUGUUGCGGUACAAGCAAUAAAACUACUUACUCUUGUUUUACAGAGUAGCGAAGAGGUUCUGACUGCAGAAGACUGUGAAAAUGUCUACCAUCUGGUUUACUCAGCUCAUCGUCCAGUGGCUGUCGCAGCAGGAGAAUUCCUUUAUAAAAAGCUUUUCAGUCGCAGAGACCCCGAGGAAGAUGGAAUUCUUAAAAGAAGAGGAAGGCAAGGUCCAAAUGCUAAUCUUGUCAAAACAUUAGUAUUUUUCUUUUUGGAAAGUGAGUUACAUGAGCAUGCUGCUUACUUGGUGGACAGCAUGUGGGAUUGUGCAACUGACCUUUUGAAGGACUGGGAAUGUAUGAAUAGCCUUCUGUUGGAAGAACCCCUAAAUGGAGAAGAACCUUUAACAGACAAACAGGAAAGUGCGUUAAUUGAAAUAAUGCUGUGUACAAUUAGACAAGCAGCUGAAUGUCAUCCUCCUGUAGGAAGAGGCACAGGAAAACGGGUCCUUACAGCAAAGGAGAAGAAAGCUCAGUUGGAUGACAGAACUAAGAUCACAGAGCUUUUUGCUAUUGCACUUCCUCAGCUUUUAGCAAAA